AUGGUCGCUCCGGACUCGGUCCGUGCUAUUAGCAGGGCCGGUCCGUCUCGAGCGGCCACCGUGCCCGACAAGAUAUCCGCACAGGAGUUGGAUGUGCUCGCCUUCAACGAGAUGCUUGAGGCUCGGAUCGAGCAUCUCGAAGGCGAGAACGCCCAGCUCCGUGCGGAAAAGAAUGCCGUCGUCAACGCAUACCUGCGACAGUCGGCCAGGGUCAAGUUGCUGGAGGCCCAGGUGAUGGGCCGCCCGCGCGGAGUUGACCCUGGUCGAAAUCGUGCCGGCGAGGGCGGAAGCGAGGCAAGUAUUCCUCCUAACCAAGAAACACCUGACUGA